GUAUCGCUACGAACUGUAAUCGACGCUUCUUGGUGAUCGUGGGUAUUGUAAAGCGCGUCGCCUAAAUAUCAACCUUAAUAUAAUUUUAUUAAGAUUGAAUUCAGCUUUACUUUAAAGUGUUGUGGAAAAUAGAUAUUUAUUGUAUCACUGAAUCACGAGUGAUCGCGGUUCAGGCAAAUCACUAGUUUAAUAACUGUCUAUUGCGAAUACAGUCCAUUAAGAUUAUGUUGCAGGUAGACUGCAGUGAAGCCUGUGAAUGCAACUUACCGCUGCUAGUUGCAGAAAAAUAUAUGCUACCGAUAGCAUUGUCCAAGACAAAGAUAAAAAGCGUUUCAAACAAAAUAUUUAGUUGUUUUUAGUUUGAGCUAAUGUGUAAGAUGCUCUACUCCAUAAUUAAAAAAAUAAAAAGUCUAUGCCUAGAGUAAAUUUCUUUCUGACACAUUUUAGUUACAAACACAGAAUUGCCUUUUAGAACUUUUUAGGGAUAAAGUCCUAUAGUUCAACCUAAACUCAUAAUUAGCAUAAAGUGUACAGUUUAUAGUAAAGGCUAUUCUCGCAAUGAGUGUAAUAUCUGCAAGAGAAACUGCUCUUCUUUAUUCUGGUUGAGCUGUCAAGUCUGAUCGGGGUUUCUCGAGCGGCUGAUUCUAUGAAUAUUAUCAGGAUAAUAUGAUAUCAUGGCCGUGCAACCUGACUCAGGUGGAAAGGACGACGUGAAAACUCAGUUCGUUACACGGGAAGGCACUUACCGCUUAAUGACUUUGUCGGAGUAUUCCAGGCCCAAUCGCGUGGGUUAUACCAGUGGUUCAGGUUCUUCACAUGUGCGUGUUUCACUGGUAUCACUUCCACCGGGGCCUGGUAGUGGAGCACCCGGCUCCGAUGGCCAAGGCUCGGAUGAUAGAAUAUGUUUUAAUCAUGGGAAGGAGCUUUAUGUUUAUGUAUACAGAGGAGUUAAAAAGGCUGCUGAUCUCUCAAAGCCAGUGGACAAAAAGAUGUACAAGGGCACAAAUCCAACGUGCCACGACUUCAACACAGUUACUAUGACAGCUGAAAAUGUUUCUUUAGUUAUAGGAUUUUCUACUGGCCAAAUACAACUCAUAGAUCCUAUUAAAAAGGAAUUAAGUAAAUUGUAUAAUGAAGAGAGACUGAUAGAUAAAACUCGGGUGACAUGUAUCAAGUGGGUACCUGGUUCUAGUAAUUUAUUCAUUUCUGCACAUGCUUCAGGUCAGCUUUAUGUUUAUAAUGAAGAAUUGACUUGUGGUACAACAGCUCCACAUUACCAGCUUUUUAAACAGGGUGAUGGUUAUUCUAUACAUACAUGUCGAACCAAAUCUACAAGGAAUCCACUGUAUAGGUGGGUUAUAGGAGCAGAGGGUAGUUGUAUAAAUGAAUUUGCAUUUUCUCCUUGUGGAACAAAUUUAGCAGUUGUAUCUCAAGAUGGGUUUCUUAGGGUAUUUCAUUAUGAUACAAUGGAACUUAUUGGCCGAGCCAGAUCUUACUUUGGAGGAUUCCUCUGUGUUUGCUGGUCACCAGAUGGCAAGUAUGUAGUUGUUGGGGGUGAAGAUGAUUUGGUUACUGUGUGGUCAUUUAGUGAAUUGAGGGUAGUGGCUCGAGGACAAGGACACAGAUCAUGGGUGUCAGUUGUGGCAUUUGAUCCUUAUGUGGUAAGCUUCACUGACCCUGAUAAUGAGGAGGUCAUUGAGGAAGAUAAACAGAAAAGUGAGAGUGUUCAGUGUUACAGGUUAGGUAGUGUAUCUCAGGAUACACAAUUGUGUUUAUGGGACUUGACAGAAGAUGUGUUAAAGCCACCUGUUAGGGCCCGAGCAUCUGCACAUCUUUCACCAAACAGUCAAACUUUCUCACCAAAUGGCAUACCAGGGACGAAACUACCAACAAAAGGAACAAAAUCAAACAAAAUCGGUCACAAGCAUGCUGAGUUAAGUGGGCAAACUAAUGCUACCGGUGAACCUUCAGGUGCUAAACUAGCGACAAAAACAAAAUCUAAUAAUAUAUCUACUCUAAACAUAAGUGUCGGAAAAGCGAAGGAGGAAAACUCUGGAUCUUUAGGAGUAAACUCAUUAACACAGAGACUUGCAGGAUUCUCGUUUGGCGACCGCCGUUCAGAACAUCGUCGUAAUUUUAGUUUGACGUCAAAACCUGCGGAACAGAAGACAUCAGCAUCAAACACAGUCGCGUUACGAGGCAAGAGUGCUGGGGCAGCAUCUAAUGAUACUUAUGAUCCAUUGAAGUUAAUAGGUACUCCUUUGUGUCCACGUUUCGACGAGUGCCCAGUUUUAGAGCCACUGGUGUGUAAGAAGAUAGCUCAUGAACGUUUAACCGCUUUAUUAUUCCGAGCGGAAUAUUUGGUGACAGCAUGUGCAGAUGGCUGCGUUAACACGUGGGCGCGGCCAGCACGCACCCAUAAUGGUGAGCCUCGUGCGCAUAGAAGAUUCGAGAGGAUCGACCUAGUAGACUAGUCCCUUACCUACGUUGUGCUGCAUGUGGACAUGUGAUGUUAAAUGGACAGUAACAUUGUCUAAUGAGGAACUUGAAAUUGCUUAAUAGCCAGAUAUAUUUUUUUGUUGUGUAGUUAAUUAAACAUUAAUAAAUAUGAAUGAAGAUUGAAAAUUCUAUUUUAAUAUACAGUAAAAAUCUUAUACUGAUACAAGAACUUAUUAUAGAUGCGCUAUAUAUAAAAUCUCAUACAGAUUCACGAGUUAUACUCAAAAAUAUUCUUAAUGAAAAAUGCUUAAAUAAUACACUUUGUCCCUGGCACUCUGAGAUGGGGCUCGAACCCAUGACCUUUCGCAAUCCGGGCGACUGCUCUAACUACUCAGGAUCUAACAGGACUGACGAAUUUUUCAAACACUUAUUACUUUUUCGCUACUACAGAGGGUUUUGUCAUCAAUGUUCAGGCAAUCCACCCAAACAGGCAAAAAAAAUUUUUACAUAUAUAUAAUUAAACUUUUGAUAAAGAUAAAAAUUUUGCAUUUAUAAUGCUAUGCUGAGAGAUAUUUUUUAAUGAAAAAUGCUUAAAAAAUCUACUUUGUCUCUAAAUAAUAAUAAGAAUAAAUUUUCAUUUUUAUCGAAAGCUUAAAUAUUUGUAAAAAUAUUUUUUUCAACUUUUAGAAGGAUACCUAUAAAUUUAUGGCAAUUUAUAAACUAAAUCAUGUUAAAUUUCAUAGUUUAUUUUAUGUUCAAAUAUAUUUUCUUCUUGUUCUUUAUUAGACUUAUUGUGGUCCCAUGUAGCAACACUUUUGUAAAGAAUUAUAUGUAGUCAUUAAAUGGACAGGUGGAGUGCUUAUAAAUUAUUUAAUGUUAGAAAAAAUUACAUAUGUUGUGUGUAUGUGAGAAUGAAUUAUACUGGAGCUUUUCUGUGUUUUGCACUUAAAUAUACAGGAAAAAAUUAAUACAAUUCACAUUAUAUUUUGCUUGUCAUUGUAAAUCCAAGACCCUGUUUUUCUCUUUUGUUAACCUAAUAACAUUGACGAUAGAUAAGCACCAAUUAAUUAAAAAAAUGGCGGAUUGCGCGUAAAAAUCUGUAUUUAAUUAAGACUCGUUUGAGAUGCUUUGUUUAUUUUUUUAAUAACAAGAACUGAUAAAUAUAGCGUAGUUUUGGGAGGUAACCUUGUAUUUUUUUUUAAUUUGGAGUCCAAUCUUUUUUAAAUUCGCGUUUCAGCUGUGACAAAAUCCUUAGAAAUAUGAUGUACAUAGUUUUCACAACUUUUGUAAUCAUAUUUUUUUUGUUUAAAACCAGUUGUAAUCCUUAUUUCUUUGUUUAAAACCAGUUGUGAGUUAGUGAUUUUGGGCGUCGUCCUCUUAAACACAUUGCUGUAACACGGUUGCCGAACAGAGAAUGUCGUACGUUGACCUUUGUUAUUACUAAUGUAAUGCCGAGUCAUUGUACAAAAUUCUUUCUGUUCGGCGACCGUGCUAAUACUACUGUACCCUGCGGUCAACCACCCAUUUUUAACGACAUACCUACAGUUUGUUUCAACAUUAUUAGAAGACUUUCAAAAUUUUACUGGUUUCUAAAGAUCUUUUUCUAUAUUUCUAUUAUAUUCCUUAAAAAAUUGUAAAAAACGUGAAAAUGAAAUCGAUAUGUAACUUCUCUCGAGUCUCCCGUGGUUUGGGAAAGGCUAUGACAAAUAUGACUGAACUACUUUCUUACCUACAACACAAGUUCCUGUUGAUUUCGUUAUUAUGUAGAGUAAACAUAUAAAUAGGUAUAUACUUAUUAAAUAUAUAAACCUUGACAUGAAACUUUAUUCUUAAUAUGUCUUUAUUUUUAAGAGGUUAUUUCGAUUUGUUAUUAAUAAUAUGUUAUGGUAAAGUUUGAUUUCAUUCCACAAUGAUAACAAUAUAUUGUGAACAUAAAUAAUGUCAAUAUAUGAUACACAAUAUGUUGAUAACUAACCACUAUAUAAUUGAGUGAUUUAAUUAUGGAAUUUCGAUUAAAAUCUAAACAUUAUUUCAUAAAAAGUAGGCUCAAUAGAGUGUGUAAAAGUAAGCAAAUGGCGUCUGGGUCAAAGCAACUUUCCGGUGGAUAUAUCUCAUCACUCGCUACACACAAUAAAUAAUUCUUGUAAUUGCAUUUACAAAAUUAUAUGUAUAACAAGUUAUUAAUAAGUGUCAAUUACACAGCAAAGUUCCAGAUGGAAAUACAUAUGUUGCAUUUCUACUAAUAUUAGGAAAUGAAAUACGUUUGCAAAUGUUAGAUAGCAAUAGUUCAAUUGUAUAGCAAAAUGUAUAUUGUAUUGUUCUAAGGAGACAACUUUCUCUUGGCUCACAUUUGUAAAUAUAAUUUAAGGUACUGGCGAUCAAAGAUUGCUUAAUAUAUAGCAUUAAUGCACUUGUGUGCUUUUCAAUGUCCUUGUCUAAGUAUUUAUUAUUUUAUUUUUUUUGUAAUCGAUUUUAAUGUUGAGCCCAUUGACUCGUCUGUAAGACUCAGAGUUUUAUCGAAAAAUUUAAUGAGUAAGAUUUGCAAGAGAUUUAUUUCAGCUGUUAAUUAAGGUUAGUUAUAAUUAAUUUUAAAUAGACAAUUUCAUUUGAAGGUUUUUCGUUCUCGUUUUAUUUUAUUAUGGUAUUAUCCAAUAUGUCGACGAAAUGCAGCGCUAUUGAACAGAAUGGAAAUAUAAUUUGCCAACGAUAAUUUAUUUUAUAAUGUAAAUUCCUCUAUACAUAAGUAUAUUUAGGAAUUUACUUAUUAAAUUAAUUGUCAUUAUAUAUAUAUUAAGAAUUGGCCUCUUAUAGAAACCAUUAAUAUACUUUGUAUAAAAAUUUCCUUAGAACUUUCUAAAAACUGAGUACCUAUUAGGGAUAAUCCAUGUAUGCGAAUUCUUAAUGUACGGAUUUUAUUCGGUAUUAUGCGCGAUGAUAUCUACAAAUGUAUAAAAUAUUAUUUGUAUCUGCAAUUUAAUUGCUAGACUUGCAAUUUAUUUUAGUGUAAAAUCGCGGUAACCCCGUGCGCACCUUUGAGUGUAAUAUUUAAUGAAUAAUUCUAUAUACGUGCUUCAUUUCCUUGUAUACAAAUUAUGUUGUUUUAAUAUUAUAGUCACUAUUAUUUAUGUAGGUAUAUUACGUUUAACGUUUUGUAUGAAUGUACAUUAUAAAUUGAGCAUGAAUCUUGGAUUUAUUGAUUGUGUAUAUAUGUUUAAUUAAUAUUAAAGCUAAGGCAUUUUUGAUAGAAAGACAACGCAGAGCUUGGUAUAUCCGAAAGUUAUUAUUCCAUUACUGUUUAAGUCGAGUUCAAAAGUAAGUUGUAUUGUGAAAUAAAUAUCAAAGUUAUUUGUAAAUAUUUUAAAUAUUGUGCUGUAUAAAUUUUGUUUUAUGUGGCCUUAAUCAAAUCAAGAUAUAAUAUUCAGAAAUUCUUUGAAAUUUUUGUUCAAUGUUCGAUUAAAGUUCAUUGUGCUAGUGAUAAAUAAGUCAUAAUGAUGUGUAUUAAGUAUAUACGAGACAGAUAUAAGUAAAAAGGCAA